UUCUUUCGAUACCAACUUGACAACAAACUUUUAGGUUAGUUUUCCCCAUCGUGUUAAUUUUAGUCGUUAAGGUCCUCAUUUUGCCGAAUUUGUGUCGUUUUUCGCAAACUCCUGGCUGAAACAUUAAUUUUCUUAAGUGAGCCUCUCCGGUAAACAUUCUUGUUGAUUUUCCAGCAGUGUGAACUUCACGUUCAACGUUGGACCGCCUGAAGGUCGAAGAAGGACACAUGAGUGAAGUUUGUGCAUGAACUGUUGACACUUGAAGUAUAAUAUUUGACCAGGAUGGCUGGAAGGUUAAGACUUCUAAAUUAUAUUCCGAAGUGUUUUAACACAUUUUCGAAUCAGUCAAGUUUAGUUAAACAUAGACAGAAGUUAUGCUUUCACACGUCAGUAUUUUUGAACGUGAAAGGUCAGCCGAUCAACAUGCCAUCCUUGUCACCCACAAUGACAGAGGGAACCAUUGUCAAAUGGCUGAAAAAGGAAGGUGACACUGUCGCUCCCGGAGAUGUUUUAUGCGAGAUUCAAACUGACAAAGCUGUCAUGUCUUUUGAGACGGAAGAAGAGGGUAUACUUGCAAAGAUUUUGCUGCCAGAAAACUCCAAGGACAUCAAAGUUGGCACUUUAAUUGCAUUAAUGGUCAAUGAAGGUGAGGAUUGGCAAUCAGUGGAAUCUGAAAGCGAAGGGCCCAGCUCUACGGCUGCAGGAUCGUCCGCUGCUCCUUCUCCUGAAGCAAGUAGUGGUGGAGUGAGCGGUCAAUCAAUCAACAUGCCUUCUCUCUCGCCAACCAUGACUGAAGGAACAAUCGUGAAAUGGGUUAAAAAAGAGGGUGAUCCGGUCGCACCUGGUGAUGUGCUUUGUGAAAUCCAAACAGAUAAAGCAGUCAUGUCCUUUGAGACUGAAGAAGAAGGAAUUUUAGCUAAAAUUUUGGUACCUGAAAACACAAAGGAUGUAAAAGUAGGAACUCUCAUUGCAAUUAUGGUGGCGGAGGGUGAAGACUGGCAAAAUGUGUCAGUGUCGGGCGGAGCAUCAGCACCCGCAGCUGCUCCAGUGGCUGCUCAAGGAACACCACCCUCAGGAGGAAGUGUUCCAGGAUUGGAGGUGAACAUGCCGUCUUUGUCGCCUACAAUGACUGAAGGAUUAAUAGUCAACUGGCUCAAGAAAGAGGGAGACACAAUCGCUCCUGGCGAUGUUCUGUGUGAAAUUCAAACCGACAAAGCUGUAAUGUCCUUCGAAACUGAGGAGGAGGGUAUCCUUGCCAAAAUUCUCCAACCGGCCAACCAAAAUGUCCAAGUAGGAGCACUAAUAGCUCUUAUCGUUCCAGAAGGUGCCGACUGGAAAGAUGUAAUGAUUCCUGGAAUUCCUGCUUCUGCGCCUGUUGCUGCUGCUCCUGCACCAGCAGCUCCUGCAACUUCUGCACCUCCUGCAGCUCCUGAACCAGUAAAGCAUGAACCCCAUGAGUAUGGCCCAGCAGCUCAUCGUUUGCUGAACCUGUACCAGAUAGAUGCUAAGCAAGUUCCAACAACUGGCCGAGGUGGUAAAUUGUUGAAAUCUGAUGUCCUGAAGUAUGUAGAGGAUAAUAAACUUCAGCCCAAACCGCCAAAACCAGUACCUCUGCCUGCGGCUAGAGCAAAAGCUGAGCCAAAGGAGGCAGCUAAACCAAGUCCUGCUCUUGCAUCAAAACCAAGGUCUGGUUACACUGACAUCGAAGUUUCUUCAAUGAGACGCACCAUUGCAAAGCGCUUAACAGAGUCCAAAACACAAAUUCCCCAUGCCUAUAGUAUAAUCGAUUCUGAAGUUGAUCAGAUUUUGUCAAUACGCAAAGAGCUUAAGGCAUCAGGCAUCAGUGUUUCUGUCAAUGAUUUUGUUAUUAAAGCUGUCGCCCUAGCUUUGAAGCAAUACCCUGUAGCAAACUGUUUGUACGUGAAAGACGAAAUUGUCUCUGCACCAGGAAUUGACAUCUCAGUUGCAGUUGCCACAGAAAAUGGACUAAUUACUCCGAUUGUUAAGUCAGCUGACACUAAAUCAAUAACUGAAAUAUCAGCAGAAGUUCGGGAACUUGCAGGUAAGGCCAGGAAAGGCAAGUUGCAACUUCAUGAAUUCCAGGGUGGUAGUUUUACAAUCUCUAACUUAGGUAUGUUUGGAAUAUCAGAGUUUAGUGCUAUUAUCAAUCCACCCCAGUGUGGUAUUUUGGCAGUUGGAGGUGGCAGGUCACUGAUCAAUCUAGACGGUAAACCAUUCACCAAAAUGGCAUCCCAAUUAUCGUACGAUGCUCGAGCAAUUAGUGAGCCUGAUGCUGCCAUGUUCUUAGAAAUUGUACAACUUUACUUAGAGAAUCCAAGACUUCUGUUAGGAGAUUCGGAAGAACUGAGAUUCUCGUCUCAAGUGUGAGUUACCUUUUGUCGAUUUCUUGUUUGUAACUCAAAAAAAGUCUAUUUUCAAAUUGCUUUAUGAAAGCAAACAAUUGUCCCAGUGAAAAGUAAUGAAUCUGUGUUUGGCUAAUAACAGAAAACUUCUAUUAUUAGGACACUGUAGACUCUUUCUUCUUAAAUGUAUUUUUUUUGUCUUCUCUAUUUUUUUCAUAACAUUUGCCAAGAUCUGUUAAUCUUGUUAAAGAAAGACUACAUGUUUUCAAGAAAAAAAUGUUUUCUCUUUCCAAAUACUGAGCUACUUAGUCAAUCAGUAACUUCAACAGGUCUUUAUAGUUUUCAGGAAUUUUCAUUUUUCAAAGUCAAUUCAAUUCAUCAUGUCCCUUUUAUUUUUUAUUUUUUAUUUAUUUAUUUUUUAUUUUUUCAUUGAGCUCUUAUUUUCCAUGUUGUUCAUUGAAACAAGCGCAAUUAAAAGAUCAAAAAUUAGCUCUGAAUCAUUCAUUUUAUUCAGUUAAAACGUUAUUAGAAGUCCAUGUCACUGUCUAUAGGGUAAUGAACUGAUAUUAGAUCAAGUUUGCAUCAUUUAAUGUUCUAACAAUUUUAAAUGAAGCUCUGAACUUUUAAAUAGCAAUCUUUUAUUUUCGUGUUACUGUCGUAACAAAUAGUUAUUUUCUUUUUUUUAUCUUUUUUACAACAGUACCACCUUUACAAUAGUGGUAACACGCUAAAAUAUCACAUACUUAAGUACGGUUGGUUAGUUGGUAUGUUUAUCAUGCCUUAACAUCAAUUGGUCAUUUUGCUUUGUAAUAAGUGCUUGAGAAAUGCAUUUUGGAUCAUUAAGGCAGUAUGUACGGCUCUAAUAUCCAACCAUUGCUACAUCCUUCAAAGAUAUAAAUCUUGAUGUUUUCAAGAAAGCUUGCUCUGUAUAGAUGAAAGUUACCGAUGAGCACUUUGCAUUAUUUUCAGCAUUAUCCAUGCAACAGUAUGUUAAUCUCAAUAUGAAUGUCUUGCACAAGGUGUAGAGCCAAAAAUGAAAGACAAAAAUCCGUGAAUGACUGACAUUUUUAUCCUGUUCUGAUGUCUUAAAAUGUGCAUUGAUAAUAAUAGUUCAAAGCCUUGUGCUUCUGAGGCACAAAAGGCAAAUUUCAUUCCUUUUUAUGAUAAUAAAUUUUCUAUUAUCUUUCUUUUGCUUGAUUCUGAAUGAAUAGAAAUCAUUGUAAACUCGUUCGCAGCUUUUACGAGAAGUGGAUAUGAAUUUGAUAUCAAAUAUGAAAAAUAAGGUGUACACCAUCAGAGCUGGCUCCAGCCUGAAUGAAGACUUUAAUAUUUAAAUGAAACAUCUGUUUAAGGCCUAAAUAUCAUUUUUUGUACCUAUGAAGUAACAGAAAUAUUGUAUUUGCUCCAUUUUGCCUGUCCUAUGCUAAGUGAAACAUUGUUUAAAACCAGCUUUCCUAUUGCGAAGUUAAUUUGUGUUAAGGCACUUGUGCUUCUUUAGUUUUUAGUCUUUGAUCUUGACUGCUGAAGUCCUUGUUUUUAUAAUUUAAUUAAGUGGUGCAUAAAGGUGCAAGCUGUUCAAGCCAACCCCGGUCAAUGGCAAAAUGCAUUAUGUGGUUUGAAUGAAAGUAAGAUGAAGUAAAAUUGAUGGUUUUUUAUGCAGUCUGUCUUUCGGCUUUAGACUUUUCAGCUUUAUCAAUAAAUAAAAACUUAAAGUUUCUUAAUGUUACUAUUAGUUGUAAAACUCAGAUGUGCAGGGAGUUUUACAAUGCAUUUUCCUAUGAUAAGCUUUAAGCUCAGGAAUUCGUGUGGAAGCUCCUGUUACAUGAUUGAGGCUUGGAGUUCAAAAUGGAAAAAUUCUCUAAUACUCACUUACAUACAAACUUGCCCACUGAAUGCAGUCUCAUUUGCGAUAGGAUUCUUUGCCAAUUUCUAUGUUUAUUUUUAGUUUCAUUCUUUCCAUGGUCAAUGUUACAGUUGUUAAAAUGUUAUUGUUAAUAAAUUAAUUUUGAUUUUUA